AUGGACUGGAUUACCCCCCUACGUAACCUAACCCUGUUGUCUAUAGGGCUGCCGAUUGCCGUAUGCACAACCGCGUCCAGCGGCUCUCUAGCCUGUCUACGUGAUGUCCGCUUCUAUGCCGUCCUUUAUGCUAGCUGGUGGUUUCAUUUCUUGCUGUGGGCCCUCUACCGCGUCUUUGUUCACCCGAAACACUUGUCGUCCCUGCGCCAUCUGCCCGAGCCAACAGAAGGCCGGAGCUGGUGGAAUGGCUAUGCUCGCCAGGCCUACGCUAGCAUGCGUGGAUCUGCCAUCGCCAACUGGCAGACCACUCUGUCGCAUCACGGCGUGUUCCGUUACCUAGGCCUCUUCAACAGCGAGCGCCUCGUAGUUACAGCGCCAGAAGCAGUCAUGGAAGUCCUGCGUCGCAUAGAUGAAUUCAUCCAACCAGAGUUGCUUAGCCUACUCGCCUCGCCAGUCAUCGGCCGCGGGCUUGUAUUGCUCAACGGCGAGGAACACAAGCGUCAUCGCCGAUUGCUUCAGCCAUCCUUUGCGCCGCGGCAGAUCCGCGCGUUACAGCCGUUGUUCUGGAGCAAAGCGCGCGAGGUCACAGAUAUACUAAGCAACUUAAUCGACACCUCCGCUGCCAUACCAAGCGGAUUCUCCCCUCCGAUCGAGGUCGACUAUUACGCCGGGCUUGUCGCCCUAGAUGUCAUUUCUGUGGCCGCGCUAGGCGUCGACUUUGGCGCCCUGAGACACCCGGACGCUGAUCUGAUUCGCUAUUACCGCGACACUUUCAACCCCAGCUUCACCUUCCUAGCCAUGUCUUUCCUACGGCUACUGUUCCCACGGGUUCUCGUCGAGAGCAUGCCUCUUCGUCGCAUACGGGAAGGUAAAACAGCCAUCCGCCUCCUCCGCCAGACCUGUACCGAUUCAGUACGCGAGAAGCAGCGCGCCAUGGCCCGCGGAGAGCUACACACACGCGACAUCAUCAGCACGCUCGUACGCGACCGCCACAUCGACAACGAGGACGAGCUAGUCGUGCACAUGAUGAUGAUGCUAGGGGCCGGACACGAAACCGUCGCGGUAGGCAUUACCUGGGCGCUGUACGAGUUCUGCCGUCGUCCGGAGUGGCAAAAGCACGUACGCGCAGAGAUCCGUGCCCAGGUACCCAGUCCCGAGAGCAAUGCAGAAGACCUCGAUUCCGCCUCUCUCGACAUGGACGCCGAGCACAUGCCAUUCUUGAACGCCUUUGUGUCAGAGGUACUGCGCUACUGGCCGCCGGCGCCCCAGAUCGUGCGCACUGCUGCCGUCGACACAACGCUCGCCGGCGUCGUGGUGCCCGCCUCGACCAAGAUCCAGCUGUCUAUUGUUGCCUUCAACCGUGACCCGCAGAACUGGGGUCCUGAUGCAGCCGAAUUCAGCCCUUGGCGAUGGCUGCAGAAUAAGGAGGGUAGUGCGGCGGGUGGAACCCCGUCCGUCACCUAUGAUGCUACGGGCGGGGCCCUUCACAAGCACGCCAUGAUGACCUUCAUCCACGGGCCACGAGACUGUAUCGGCCGCAUGUUUGCGCGGCAGGAAAUGCUGACCAUCCUUGCCGCGUGGAUGGGACGCUUCGAGUUCGUCCUGACCGAACAGGAAUGCCUGGAUGAGAAGCGGGUUGCUGUGUCGGGCAGCGGUAUCACGUCUAAACCGCUCCAUGGAAUCCACGUGCAUGCUCGCCGGGUAGAUGGGUGGUAG